AUGGACCAGAACCAGAAGAACCGGUCAGAGCGCUGGAGUCCGGAUAUGAAGAAAACCGCUUGCACUUGGCUGCUGCUGCCGAAUCCUACAGGGGAGCGACCCAGGCGGCGGAAUUCCAGAGUUGACCUCUCUUUGGGGUUGGACUUGGAAGACGCCCUGGGACCUAUGGCUGCAGGGCGGCCGCCACCCUGGCUGCGCUCAGCGAGGGUAAACCCGCGACACCUGACCCGCGUGGUGGUCUGGAACCGCAGCCCGCGCGUGGUGCAGCCUGUGUGGCUCGAUUUCCACGGUGAACCACAGCCCUUCCAGACGCUGCUGCCCGGCACCAGCCUCCGCGUCAACAGCUACCGAGGUCAUCCUUGGCUCUUCAGGGAUGCAAGGACAAACGACAGACUCCUGGUUAACCAAACUGAGUUAUUUGUGCCAUCGCUCAACGUUGACCAGCAGUUUGCUCUAGCCAACAUCACCCUGCCGGUAUAUACACUGAAAGAGCGGUGCCUUCAGGUUGUGCGAAGCCUGGUCAGCCCCGAGAACUACAGGAGACUGGACAUUGUCUCAUCACUCUAUGACGAUUUGGAAGAUUACCCCAACGUGAGGAAAGACCUGGAACGGCUUAGCCAAGAACACAUUGAAAAUCAGUGGUUAUUAGAAAAGGCAGCCGAAGAAAAUCACUGA